UUACGCCGGAUGUAAUAUCGUGCACGCGAAGAAGAAGGGCGUAUAUUAACAAACAAGCAGGCGAAAGCAAAAGACAAAUUAAAAAUCCGGGGAGGCGUACUUUAGCCGUCCGCCAUUUCCAUCGCUCUCUCUUUCUCGUUCUUCUCUCUGCUCAUCACUAUAACGACGGCCUCUCUCAUCUGCAUCAUUUGAUCUGAUUCGAUGGCGGCACCACCUGCUAGGGCUAGAGCUGAUUACGAUUACCUCAUCAAGCUUCUCCUUAUCGGUGACAGCGGUGUUGGUAAAAGUUGUUUGCUUUUGAGGUUCUCUGAUGGCUCUUUCACCACUAGCUUCAUCACCACCAUUGGGAUUGAUUUUAAGAUAAGAACUAUUGAGCUUGAUGGCAAACGCAUCAAGCUCCAGAUUUGGGAUACUGCUGGUCAAGAACGUUUUCGAACCAUCACCACUGCUUAUUACCGAGGGGCAAUGGGCAUUUUGCUGGUGUAUGAUGUCACUGACGAGUCAUCCUUCAACAACAUUAGGAACUGGAUUCGUAACAUUGAACAGCACGCUUCGGAUAAUGUCAACAAGAUCUUGGUAGGCAACAAGGCCGAUAUGGACGAGAGCAAGAGGGCUGUACCAAAAGCAAAGGGUCAAGCACUUGCUGAUGAAUAUGGGAUCAAGUUCUUUGAAACAAGUGCCAAAACAAAUCUAAAUGUCGAAGAAGUUUUCUUCUCGAUAGCAAAGGACAUUAAGCAGAGACUCUCAGAUACCGACUCCAGGGCAGAGCCUUCGACGAUUAAGAUCGGCCAAACAGACCAGGCAGCUGGAGCUGGUCAGGCUACGCAAAAGUCUGCAUGCUGUGGAACUUAAAAAGUCCCAAAAUUUCUGAAGGUGAAAAAGAAAAACAGAUUGAUCUUGGGUGCUUUUGUAGUUCUUUUUACUUUGAUGAUUUGGGUUUAAGUUGGCAUUCUUAGCUUGUUUAUGAUGGUAAUAGAAUCUUGAAGAAAUCGUUCGUUCGUUCUCAGAUAGAUUCGAUCUCUGAAGUUGAUUCUAUGGCAAAAUUGUUAAAACUCAAAUCUCGUUAUUGUCUUUUGCUUUC